AUGAGUAAAGAUGAGAUACGGUCGGUGUUCGCGUUUUUGGUGACGCGAGCGGACGACGUUACGGGGGAGUACGAUGUGGAUUACGACACGUUUGCGAGCGAGGUGGAGCCGCGAACGCGCCGAGACGAGGAGAUGAAGGAGGCGUACGCGCUCUGCGACGAGCUCAUCGGGUGCGGGGCCGUGGCGGCGCAAAUUUUGGAGAUUUUGAAUAAUCCAAACAUUGAGGCGUUCAGUGACGAGACGGAUUGGGUGGGGGCGGACGAGUGGGCGGCGAUGCGCGAUACUCGCGCCGAGAGCGGGCGAGGCGUCGGGACGGCGUCAGAUUUCGCCAGGGAAGCGCAGCUCAUUUCGGCCGGAAUCAGGGCGUGCAGACUGAAUCGACCUCGUGAUAUCGAACGUUUGGUCGACGACGAGGGCCUGGACGUGGAUGCGCGUGAUGAGACGAACGAGGGGCAGACGCUACUAAUGAUUUCAGCCGCAAACGGAAACAAAGCCGCGUGCAAAAAGCUUCUCAUCCUGGGUGCAAUGCCGGACGCGCUCGAUACGCUCGGCCGCACCGCGGUCGAUGUUGCGGCUAAGUACAAUCAUUUCGCGUUGGCGGAGUACUUGCAAACACACGGGGUUCCUCUGGGAUCGGACGGCGCCGACGGCGUGACGCAUUCCAAGGAGAACUACGAGCCGUUUUCUGAAUCAAGUCGGCACGAGUCGCCAGGACCUGGCAAGAGCGCGUCGUAUCGCGAUAACGACGACGAUGAUGACGACGACGACGACGAUGGAGACGGUGAAUUCGCGUCGCCGAGCGCGCCUCCGAUGGAUGUGGACGCCGCGCUCGCUGUAGACGAGCGCCGCGCGGUGGAUUACCAGAGCCCGCUGCUGACCCCAGACUAG